GAAUUUCCACCAUCGCCCAUUCAACCUUCCCUGCUUUUCAAAUCUCAAUCUCACCCAAAACCCUUCAACCCAUUUCGUUCUUCUCCCAAAUCUCAAUGGCCCGUACCAAGCAAACCGCCCGGAAAUCCACCGGAGGAAAAGCCCCACGUAAGCAGCUGGCCACCAAGGCCGCCAGGAAGUCUGCUCCGGCGACCGGAGGAGUGAAGAAGCCCCACCGCUUUAGGCCCGGAACUGUUGCCCUGAGGGAGAUCAGGAAGUACCAGAAGAGUACAGAGCUUCUGAUCCGCAAGCUUCCGUUCCAGAGGCUAGUGAGGGAGAUUGCUCAAGAUUUCAAGACUGAUCUUAGGUUCCAGAGCAGCGCCGUGGCGGCGCUUCAGGAGGCGGCGGAGGCUUACUUGGUGGGUCUGUUUGAGGACACCAAUCUGUGCGCGAUUCAUGCUAAGAGAGUGACCAUUAUGCCCAAGGAUAUUCAGCUUGCUAGGAGGAUUAGGGGCGAGAGGGCUUAGGAGAGAUCUGGCGGCAAUUUGGGAAAUAUUUAAUGUUUAAGAUGUAGAUUUUGGGUUCAAUUCUAUGGUUUUGGUAUCCCCAGAUCUGGAAUUGGGUUGUUUUAUUAUCUAUGAUUUGUUAAUGAAAUCUAAUGGGUAGUUGGAUUUAUGUUCA